UUCAUGAUACUUAAAGUUGCAAUACAUUUUCUAAUACACUAUUUUUCAGUUUUUCGAACAGUGUGUACUAGUGGAAAAUGACCUUCUUAUUUCCAUUCCGACAUCCAUUAGUCUUUUUGUCAGUCCUUCUGACUGUCAGUUCAAGUGAUUAUGUUGAGGAAAAGCCUUGUUCCAGAUUUGAUUUUGAUCAUAAACUGCUUGAAAGCCUCGUGCGAUUGGAACAUUCGCAUACAUCCAUAAGAGAAGAAAUGGAAAAAUUGAAAAGCAGUACUUGGAAAAUCCCUCCGGGUGAAAAUCAAGCAUCAACUGGAGGUACUUAUGUGCGCUGGGGAAGAACCGUGUGUCCAGAAAAUGCAACGAUCACCUACAAAGGAUAUGCUGGCGGAUCAUUGUAUUCAGAUCCAGGGUCAGCCUCUAAUUACUUGUGUUUACCGGAAGAUCCACAAGCGAGUGAGAAAACUAAAGAUGACAAUACUCGUGGAAGUAUUGGAGCCCGUGUGUAUGGAGCAGAGUAUCAAAUGGACUUCUUUAGUGGUAAUAUACUUCAGGAUGACGUUCCAUGUGCAGUGUGUGAGUCUGAACGUUCAAAAAUAUUGAUGAUACCGGGAAGGACAACAUGUUAUGACGGCUGGAGUACUGAGUACAGCGGACUUCUUUCUGCGGGUCAUUUCAGUCAUGCGGCAGCUUCAGAGUUCGUUUGCCUUGAUGAAAAUCCGGAAGUACUUUCGGGAGGCGGUGCAAACGAAAAUGGGAAGCUGUUCUUCCUAGCAGAAGCGAGGUGCGGCUCCUUACCAUGUCCACCGUAUGUUGAUGGUAGAACAUUGACAUGUGUUGUCUGUUCUAAGUAGCCAUCAUUGUAUAAAAAAAUGUUAUAUUUAUGUUGAGAGUUAGAGCAAAAUUAUGCUUACUAAGUUUACGAAGAAGCUUGCAUACUAAAUAUGUACCAAUAUAAUAGGACUUUCAGAAGCAAUAAAAGCAUUUAGGUCAUCAUUAUGUCUUGAUCAUCAUGACUUAUGAUUUUAGAUUCAUUUUAUUAACCAAAUUCUAAAAAAUUUGCUAGUCUGUCUGCUUUGCCACGUAAUGAAAUUUUAUUUUCAUUAGAUAUUGUUUUAACAUGUCGCACUGAUUUUAUUCCUGUAGUUUAUCAAAUUUUAUGUGAUUGUUUGUUGAUAUCAGGUAUUUUGUAAGAACUUCAACAAGGUUAAUAAUAUGAAAUUUCUACUUUCUCUGUUUUAAUUGCUGGAAUGUUAAUAAAUGAGCCGUGCCAUGAGAAAACCAACAUAGUGGGUUUGCGACCAGCAUGGAUCCAGACCAGCCUGCGCAUCCGCGCAGUCUGGUCGGGAUCCAUGCUGUUCGCUUUUAAAGCCUAUUGGAACUGGAGAAACUGUUAGCGAACAGCAUGGAUCCUGGCCAGACUGCGCGGAUGCGCAGGCUGGUCUGGAUCCAUGCUGGUCGCAAACCCACUAUGUUGGUUUUCUCAUGGCACGGCUCAAAUGUGUCUGCAUACAUAAGAAGAUGAAUGCUUGUUUAACUUUUGUUGUUUUAAAGCGCGAGUUUAAGCUACUUCCAUUCCUUUGUUAUUCUACACCGACAUAUUAAUAAUUUCAUUUAUAUUUCUACAUUAUGUAUACAAUAAUUUUUAUAAGUGUGCAUCCACUAAUAAAAUGUCUGGCAAAGUGGUUUUUCCAUCCCAUCAAAAAUGUUGUGUAAAUAUUUUUGUAUAUAAACGGUUCACUUGU